GUCCAUCACAAAUCCACAAGCCCCAGACCAGAACACCAGAAUUCUUACAGCUCCAUACUUCUGGAGUCAUGAGUCUGAGGGCAUCAUUGAACGGUAUCAGUAUCACUCCUGGAUUACCAUCAUUUCCUCCAAAUUUACGAUUUUGCCACUCCACCCAUUACCUUUCCAUCAAAGCUCCUUCCUUUCCAUCGUCGGCCAACUUCUCUUCUCUCCAGUCUCUCCACACCCAACUAUCCAUUCCCACUCUCCGCCGGAAUCACGAUCCCUCUCCUGCUUUUGGGUCUCACAUAAGAGCUUCUAUGGCCUCUUCAACACCGUCCACCGCCACUGACGGGGAGACCAAACCCUUCGCCGUCCUCUUCGUUUGCUUGGGCAACAUCUGCAGGAGCCCAACUGCAGAGGGUGUCUUCAAAGAUAUCGUCAAGAAGAGAGGCCUCGACUCCAACUUCAAAAUUGACUCUGCUGGCACCAUUGAUUACCAUGAGGGAAAUUUAGCAGACCCAAGAAUGAGGGCAGCCUCUAAAAGGCGUGGGAUUGAGAUUACAUCUAUUUCAAGGCCAAUCCGGCCAUCUGACUUCAGAGAUUUUGAUCUUAUUCUUGCAAUGGACAAACAAAAUAGAGAGGAUAUAUUGGAGGCUUUCAACAGGUGGAAGUUUAGAGAGACACUUCCUGAUGAUGCACAAAAGAAGGUUAGGCUGAUGUGCUCUUAUUGUAAGAAACAUGAUGAAACCGAAGUUCCAGAUCCAUACUAUGGCGGACCCCAAGGUUUUGAGAAGGUUUUAGACUUGCUUGAAGAUGCAUGCGAAUCACUGUUGGACAGCAUCUUGGCAGAGAACAGUCAUCUAAAUUCUUAACUCCUACAUGAAAACCGGUCAAAUCUGUCCCAGGCUGAUUAACAGUUGAAUAAUAUCAAUACAUCCACAUUGUUCACCGUGGUUGGCUUAAUGGACCUUUCACUAUCCCUCUGUCCAUUGACUGAUUAUUGUAUUUUGUAUAUGCUUUGCAUAUUAACUGAGUCAUUGGACCUACCAGAAUAUGUUUGAAGAGACACCAAACCAAACCAGGUGAUGUGUUUCAUUCCUAUCUAUGGGUGUUAGCUUGUGAGUUAGUUCUUGGAUGGAUCCUGAUCACCAUUGAAGAGUAAUCUAUUGGAUUAUCUAAAAAAGCAGUUAUUUGACU